GGGCUCUGCGGUGGACGGGUGGCAUCGGUCCUAGGAUGCGAGGGUCAUUUCCUUCCGGGCGAGGGUCAAAUCCUCGGGAAUCCGAGACAUCUCGUCCAGCCAGCUGCCCCAGAUGGGGCGCAGGCCGUUGUCACCAGUCUAGGAGACUUCGGAGAACAGUCUCGCCGUCCCACUCGGGUGCAGAAAGCCAGCUUCCCCGGGCCCGCUGGGAAGAUUCCUUACUAUCCACUGGACCGAAGCAUUUGAGGGCAGGAGCCGCGCCAAGCAUGCGGGAUAGACCAAUGGAGAGCGCUUUGUUCUGACUGCCUGUCCUCCCCACCCGGACCCAGACUCGGCGCCGCACACUCCCCCGGGGGGGUUGAGGGGGGCGGCGCAGUCACGCGCGCCCCACACUUGCGCUCACAAGCGCGCAAGGCUCUCGCUCUCCGCCCCGCACACCUGCGCUCCGCCCCCUGGUCCCGGGCUGGCGACUGGCGAAGGCAUUUGGGAACCUAGGGCUGCUGCGGCGGCGCCCCCCACCCCCAUCUCCUUCCCCUUCCCACGGCCGGAGUUGCCCCGAGCCAGCUGCCGCUCCCAACCAGCCCGCAUCCCUCUUCAUCCUUCCCUCCCCCCGCCUGCCGCGGCACCGGUAUUUGCAGCCGGAGCCCGGAGCCGGUGAGGCGGCGAAGGGGGGAGGGGGAGGAAGCAAGGGAUGAGCGCCGGGAGGGCGUCGGGGGCCCUGAGCCGGACUAGGACGUCCCUGGAGCCGGAACCCGAGCCGGAGCCGGAACCAGAACCAAACCACCGUCCCUAGCUGCAGCCCCCUAACCCCAGGAGGCGCCCUGGCCCGCGCUCGCCCCCCAGGGCCUCAUGUCGGAACCACAGCCUGACCUGGAGCCGCCCCAACAUGGGCUAUACAUGCUCUUCCUGCUUGUGCUGGUCUUCUUCCUCAUGGGCCUCGUAGGCUUCAUGAUCUGCCACGUGCUCAAGAAGAAGGGCUACCGCUGCCGCACGUCGAGGGGCUCGGAGCCUGAUGAUGCCCAGCUCCAGCCCCCUGAGGACGAUGACAUGAAUGAGGACACAGUAGAGAGGAUUGUUCGCUGCAUCAUCCAAAAUGAAGCCAAUGCUGAGGCCUUGAAGGAGAUGCUGGGGGACAGUGAAGGAGAAGGGACAGUGCAGCUGUCCAGCGUGGAUGCUACCUCCAGCCUGCAAGAUGGAGCCCCUUCCCAUCAUCACACAGUGCAUCUGGGCUCUGCAGCCCCUUGCAUCCACUGCAGCCGCAACAAGAGGCCCCCACUUGUCCGUCAGGGACGCUCCAAGGAAGGAAAAAGCCGCCCCCGGCCUGGAGAGACCACCGUGUUCUCUGUGGGCAGGUUCCGAGUGACACACAUUGAGAAGCGUUAUGGGCUACAUGAGCAUCGUGAUGGCUCUCCCACGGACAGGAGCUGGGGGUCUGGUGGAGGGCAGGACACAGGGGGUAGUCAGGGGUCUGGGGGAGGGCAGCCCAGGGCAGGGAUACCUGCCAUUGAGAGUGUGCCCCCUGAGAGGCCACAGCCCCUGGGCCUCGCCAGUCCCCCAGUGCAGAACGGAGGACUCAGGGAUGGCAGCCUAGUCCCUUGUGCACUUGAAGGGAACCCUAGAGCCUCUGCAGAGCCAAUGCUAGGGGCUGGAGGGAAGGGCCCAAGCCCAGGACUGGCCAGUCGAGAGGCAAUUGGACAGCCAAGCAAACUGGACACCUCAGAUCACCAGGUGUCCCCACCACGGGGAGCAGGGGGUGUGUGAGGUGAGUCUGCCUGGGCCCCAAAGCAGAUAAUCUCAUCUUCCCACCCCCUACUUAUACCACCUAAGCCCAUUAGCUUGCUGUACUCCCAGGGAUGGCCUUUACUACGAAUUCUUUGGUUUAGUGGUGGGGAAUGGGCAUGUGCUCCAGGAGACAGGGAAGGUCCUGCAGCCCCUGGGGAAAAGCUGAGACACAUCCUGAAUAGGAAGCAACACUGUUACCCUUCCUCUCCUCCAAGCCUCCUUCUUCACUGUGCUGAUGGACAACCAGCUGGCAGGGCCAGGGGGUGGGUGGGCAUGAAGGCCCUCCUCUCCAUUGGACAGCACUACCCCCCAGCUGAGGAACCAGCUCUACUUCCAUCUGGAGUUGCAUGGUCUCAGGCUGGGGGACCUCGGGAGAAGUCUCCCCACCCCCAUCCCUUAGUCUCUUUCAUUUUCCCUGCCUACCAACAGGCUGUCUGACCCCUUCCCCAUCACCUCGCUCCAUUUGCUAGAGCGUGGCAGCUGGGAGCAGGCCCCUGCCCUUGGUGGCCCCUAAAGCAAUAGCACCUUAGGCCCCCUGCCCUCUUGGCAAAAGAGGCCCAGGCCCUGGCUUGGGCUUAGUGCCCUUUAUUCACUGUCAAUAAAUCCGCUCAGACCAUUACA